GCCAAAAUUGCGAGGGAAACAGAAAGUCAAAGGUGGUCAAAUUCUUUCUCGGAUUCCUGCUGGGCUUCGGGCCCAAGAAGAUUUCCGAAUCGGGUCAGAGUUAAAGCCCGACCCGCUGGCCUGCUCUCAUCUCGCAACGGAUAAGGCGUUAUUUUUCCCACUGCUUCUCCAAUCUCCUUUGCUAUCAUCUCAUUGUUCAAUCACAAAAAUGGCUUCUUCGCAUUGAUAAUCGACUCCAGCUCGUUUCCCUCUUUCCCCUCAAAAACCCAACUCUCGAUCCUUUGGGACGUGGUGAUCAAGUUCCACAAAGCAUGGGUUCCAAAAUUCUUCCUCAAGCGUUGCUUACGAUUCCGAUAAAUCACGCCGCCGCUCAAUCCCCGCCGGCAAGGAGACUGGGGUUUACUUGCUCAACCAAUCGCGCCGCCAUUCCCUCCUCCGCUUGCUGUUCGAUUUCCCGCGUUUCCGGUUCUGGGGUUUCUCCGAACUCGUUGGCUCUUACUGAACUUGUCGCGGCAUUCACCAGACACAGAGUUGUCGCCAGGGCAGAGGCGGAAGGAAGCAGCGGUGAACUUGCAGGAGACGGAGGAGCAGAGCUUGCGGAAGCUGGUGAGGAUGUUGAAGGAGAAGAAGGAGCUUCGGUGGAGGGUGAAGAAGUUGAGAAAAAGCCAUGGCAGCCAAGAGUCAGGCUUGGGGAUGUUAUGGGGAUAUUGAACAAGCGAGCAGUUGAAGCAUCAGAGCUUGAAAGGCCGAUUCCAGAUAUAAGAACUGGUGAUAUAGUUGAAAUCAAAUUGGAAGUCCCAGAAAAUAGGCGUAGGCUCUCCAUUUACAAAGGCAUUGUUAUGUCGAGGCAAAAUGCUGGCAUCCACACUACAAUUCGCAUCCGGAGGAUCAUUGCCGGCAUAGGUGUUGAGAUUGUCUUCCCCCUGUACUCACCAAACAUCAAGGAGAUCAAAGUAGUUUCUCACAGAAAGGUGAGAAGGGCAAGGUUGUAUUACCUGAGAGACAAGCUUCCUCGGCUUUCCACCUUCAAAUGAAGACCAUCACGAGAUGAAUAUGCCUGUCUGCAGUUAUAUUGUUUUGGGUUCUUUAAUCCCUCCUCCGAUACUUUGAAUCCCGGCCUCCCCCGGUUUGUUUGUAAGAAUUGAGUUGCCCUUUUCUCCAUUUCAUUCUUUUAUCAAAGGAAACCUUUUGCUUGUAAAGUCUGGUUGAUCUGUCAGUCAAUCGACCUCACUGUAUUCAGAAAGCAAAGAUCAUAUUCCAGAUUGCAGUUUCUGUAUUAGACGAGGCCCGGUUUUUGGUUACCCUGUUGCCCUUCUCCUGUAAUCUCUUGGAAUUUGGUCUCCAUUAACUGGAGCGAACUAAGUUCUGGAAGAACGAACUAAAGAUCAACUCUCAUCUCUCUGAAUCGAAAGCAAGCAGCGACGUUCCAAGCUGACGGACUUGCUGAUCAAGCUUGUGAUUUUCCAACCUGGGCCUCACCGUACGUAACUUGAAGCCUACUCUAGCCCAGCCGUUGCAUAAUAUCCCUUCUUGUCUUCUUUUCCUUCCUAACAGAGACAGCCAGUCAUUGUCAGAGAGUCGACACUAAUCUGUCUAUGGCUGCUAAACAGAUGUAACCAUGCAGAAGAUCACACGUAUGAGAAGUUACACGUGGCUUGUGUUUGGCUCUACUGCUGUAAAAGUAAGCCAACCCCUUCACUCUAUCUACUGAUCUAAUGAUUGAUGAAAUGCAGGAGGUAAAAUAAUGGCGAAUCAGGUGG